AUGAAUUUUUUUCUUAGUGUGUUGUUAAUAGCAAUUCUUAAAGAUAACUAUGAUUAUUGGCCAUCAAGGGCAGGUUGUCAAACCCUAGCAGCAAAUAUAUGGUCUGACAAGACGACUGCACAAAAUGAGUCGAUAAAUUUGACUAAUGCAAAUGCACCGAUAAAGAAUGCAAAGAAUCUGAAUUCUACGAUUACAAAUGUAGCUACGUUUGACACCAAAUUGAAUCACCUAUUAGUGGACACCAUUACUGGACGAGUCUUUGUUGGUGGUGUUAACAGGUUGUAUCAGUUGUCGCCUGAUUUGGAGCUUUCCGAAGCUGUGAAAACGGGGCCUCAAAAUGAUUCCGUCGAGUGUAGCAUUCUUGAUUGUCCAUUAAAUGCUGUUCGCAGUCCGACGGACAAUUAUAAUAAGGUCUUGCUCAUUGAUCGUGCAACUUCAAGACUUAUUGCGUGCGGAUCACUAUUCCAAGGUACAUGCACAGUUCGUAAUCUUCAGAAUGUCAGCAUAAUUGAGCAUGAAGUUCCUGAUGCUGUUGUGGCAAAUGAUGCCAACUCCUCAACCGUAGCAUUUAUUGCGCCGGGACCUCCGCAACAUCCGGUGACAAAUGUGAUGUACGUCGGAGUUACAUACACAAAUAAUUCACCGUACCGCAGUGAAAUACCCGCAGUUGCAUCCCGCUCUCUCGAAAAGACUAAAAUGUUUCAGAUUGCUUCUUCGGCAGUUACAACUGGAACGAGAACUUUUAUAAACUCAUACGCACGUGAAACAUAUUUUGUCAACUAUGUUUAUGGAUUCAGUUCUGAGCGAUUUUCUUACUUUCUAACAACACAGUUAAAGCACAGUCACCACUCUUCUCCUAAAGAGUACAUAACGAAACUCGUACGAAUAUGCCAGGAAGACUCAAACUAUUAUUCUUACACUGAAAUUCCAGUGGAAUGUAUAAGUGAUGCUCAAGGCGGGACUAAAUUCAACUUGGUUCAGGCUGGAUUUUUGGGAAAACCUAGCUCAGACCUGGCUCAAAGCUUGGGUAUAUCUAUUCAGGAUGAUGUCCUCUUUGCUGUUUUUUCAAAAGGAGAAGGGAAUACACCAACGAACAAUUCUGGACUCUGCAUUUACUCAUUAAAAUCUAUUCGUCGAAAGUUUAUGCAAAACAUAAAAUCCUGUUUUAACGGAAGUGGAAUGAGGGGCCUGGACUUUAUAUCACCCAGCAUGCCCUGUGUUUUAACGAAACUGCAAACCAUUGGAGAGGACUUCUGUGGAUUAGAUGUAAACUCACCUCUAGGAGGAGAAACCCCCAUUACUUCAGUACCGGUGGCCAUGUUUAACACAAAGUUAACUUCUGUUGCUGCUACGAGUACAAGCGGGUAUACUGUUGUUUUCGUGGGGACCAGCGAUGGGUUCCUCAAGAAAGUUGUAAUCGAGUCUUCAUCUAUUGCCAACGAGUAUGCUAGUUUUGCAGUAGACGUAGGGUCUGAAAUUAAUCGGGAUAUGCAGUUUGACAACCAAAACCUUUAUAUUUAUGUCAUGUCCAAAACAAAAGUAUCCAAGGUUAAAGUAUUUGAUUGCUCAGAUUACAAAACAUGUGGAGAUUGCUUAGGUGCUAGAGAUCCAUAUUGUGGCUGGUGCUCAUUGGAAAACAAAUGUAGCCCACGCUCCAACUGCCAAGACGACGCAAACGAUCCUCUCUAUUGGGUUAGCUAUAAAACAGGAAAAUGUACAACAAUAACAAGUGUUGUGCCACACCAGCUACAACGUACUACAGCCCGAACUUUAGAGCUAAUCAUAGAUCAUUUGCCUCAACUAAAAGAGAAUUUAAUAUGUGCAUUUACUACAGAGGAUAAAGCCCUUUUCACUAAUGCUACAAAAAAAAGAAAUGGGGUAAACUGCACGACACCACGAACGGAUAUGCUACCCCAAAUUGAACAAGGAAAACAUCACUUUACUGCCAAACUAUCUGUUCGCACCAGAAAUGGACCCGACUUAGUGUCCACGGAUUUCACUUUCUUUGAUUGCAGUACGCACUCUUCAUGUACACGUUGUGUGUCCUCGGAGUUUCCAUGUGACUGGUGUGUCGAAGCUCACAGGUGCACACACGACACAGCUGAAAAUUGCCGCAACGAUAUUUUAGUAACAGGUGUUAGCCGGAUAGGUCCUAGUUACAGAUCAGGUCCCGGAUUUUGUCCAACGAUCAACGCUACAGGUGAUGGAAGUGAAGUACUUGUCGCUGGUGGUACAAGCAAAUCUAUUAAAGUAAAAGUUCAUAUCAUUGGGCAAUUUAUAGUUCAAACGCGAUUCGUUUGUCAAUUUAAUAUUGAGGGACGUGUAACUAGUUUAAACGCUCAGUUGUUGGGUGACACCAUUUACUGCGAUAGCAUGGAAUUUCAGUACACUUCUAGAUCGCCCAAUUUGACAGCAACUUUCGCUGUAAUAUGGGGAGGGUCAAAGCCACUUGACAAUCCUCAUAAUAUACAUGUUGUUAUAUAUCGAUGUCGAGAAAUGGCCGACAGCUGUGGUAUAUGCUUGGCCCUAUCUGAAAAGUACAAUUGCGGAUGGUGUUCGUCUACUAACACAUGCGAAGUUGAAGAACAAUGUAAUAAAAACAAAGAGGGGAAAACUGAUUGGUUAAAUCGAAGUGAAAUUUGCCCAAACCCUGAAGUUCAUACAUUCGAACCAAAAACAGGUCCCUGGGAAGGAGGAACAAAUAUAACAAUACGAGGAAUUAAUUUAGGCAAAAACUAUAAUGAUAUUUAUUCAGGAGUUCGAAUAGCUGGUAUAAAUUGUAUGCCUUUUCCCCAAUUUUAUAUUGACACAAAGCAAAUAGUAUGUACCGUGGAUAGUCCUGGAGAACAGAUGUAUAGAAAUGGCAAAAUAGUGGUACAAAUUGGGGACUAUCGUGGUGAGUCCAAAGAGGACUACGAGUUCGUUGACCCGAAAAUUUUGGAUUUUAAUCCAAAGUUCGGUCCAACUUCCGGUGGAACCGAAAUACAUAUAACUGGAAAGCACUUAAAUGCCGGCUCUCGCAUACAGGCAUCCAUAAACGAUCACUUACCUUGUAAAAUACUGAGCACAGAUUCUUCUCAAGCAAUAUGUCGCACUUCUCCUUCUCCUGGUAUUAUUGAAGGAAGACUGAAAAUGUCUUUUGAUAAUGGGCCCCGAGAGUUUAAUGAUUACAAUUUUAAAUAUGUACUGGAUCCUACAGUUGAACACGUUAGUUCUGGACCAAGUGGGCAAAUAAAAGUUCCAAAAGGAAUACCAGCAGGCGGUAUUCGAAUUUCUGUAACGGGUACCCAAUUUACCAGUAUACAGAAUCCCAAUAUUUAUGUAGUGUAUAAUGGAGAGAUGUAUGCAAGCCCAUGUCGGGUGCAAUCGGAUACGGAAAUGGAAUGUGCAUCUCCAGUUGUUGAUGUGGACAGUCAUAUUAUUGAAGCGGAAAGGCCAAUUCUUCUUGAAUAUGGAUUCCUAAUGGACAAUGUUUUGCGUGUUCAAAAUUUAUCUAAGAUUCAUAACAACCAUUUUGAGCUUUAUCCCAAUCCGGAGUAUUUCAUAUUUGAAGAAAGAGUUAAGUACUUUAAGAGUGAAUACUUAACCAUAAAUGGCCGAAAUUUGGAUCGCGCUUGCAAAGAAAGUGAUGUAGAAGUAAAGAUAGGAAAUGGAUUUUGCAAUAUAACAUCACUUUCAAGACAACAACUAACAUGUAGACCUCCUUCUGAAGCAACAGCAACCAAAAGCAUCAAUGGACCUGAAGUUAUUGUUCGUAUUGGAACUUCGCUAGAGUAUCGUAUCGGUAUACUUAGCUACGAAUCGUCUAACAUCAUUUUGGAUUGGGGAGAAAAUGUAAUUUUUGCUGUAAUAGCCACAAUUGUUAUCUUACUGCUGAUUUUUGUCGCUUUGCUUGUGGCUUAUAAAAAGAAAAGUUCGGAAUCGAGCCGAGUUCUUCGUAACAUGCAGGAGCAGAUGGACAUUCUGGAGCUACGUGUCGCAGCUGAAUGUAAAGAGGCCUUUGCCGAACUCCAAACUGAGAUGACUGAUCUCACAGGUGAUCUUACUUCUGGAGGGAUUCCAUUUUUGGAUUACCGGUCAUAUGCAAUGAAGAUUCUUUUUCCAAAUCAUGAAGACCACAUUGUACUACAAUGGGAACGUCCUGAGCUUCUUCGGAAAGAAAAAGGCUUACGCAUUUUUGGCCAACUAAUCAUGAAUAAAACUUUUCUGCUGCUUUUUAUACGAACUCUAGAGUCCAACCGAUACUUUUCAAUGCGAGAACGAGUUAAUGUGGCCUCCUUAAUAAUGGUCACUCUGCAAUCUAAAUUAGAAUAUUGUACAGAUAUAUUAAAAACUUUAUUGGGAGACUUGAUCGAAAAAUGUAUAGAAGGAAAGAGUCAUCCUAAGCUCUUACUACGUCGAACUGAAAGUGUGGCAGAAAAAAUGUUAAGUGCUUGGUUUACAUUCCUUCUUUACAAGUUUUUGAAGGAAUGUGCUGGCGAGCCUUUAUAUAUGCUUUUCCGAGCUGUGAAAGGACAAGUAGACAAGGGUCCUGUUGACGCUUGCACACAUGAGGCAAGGUACUCUCUUAGUGAGGAAAAACUUAUACGACAGUCUAUUGAUUUUCGACCAAUGAACGUUUACGCAAGCAUUAUACAGCAGCCAAUAUUUUGCAAUAACUUAGAUAUGUUACCUUCUCACACCGAAAAUGUAUCUGUUAAAGUAUUGGAUUGCGAUACAAUUGGACAAGUUAAAGAAAAAUGCUUGGAAACCAUUUAUAGAAACAUUCCAUCAAGCCAAAGACCUCGCAAGGAUGACUUAGAUUUAGAGUGGAGAACAGGCGCUACUGGGCGAGUAAUUCUGUACGAUGAGGACGUAACAUCAAAAACGGAGAGCGAAUGGAAAAAACUCAACACUUUGCAGCACUAUAAUGUUCCAGAUGGAGCCGGGCUGAGCUUAGUACCAAAGCAAAGUUCCAUUUACAACUUCAGUAUUUUAUCGGACAAAAAUGAAAAAUCGCACAAGUAUGAAACUCUUAAUAUAUCGAAAUACACCUCCUCCUCUCCGACAUUUAGCCGUGCCGGAAGUCCGCUUAACAAUGAUAUGCAUGAAAAUGGUCUGAGAUACUGGCAUCUAGUGAAACAUCAUGAUAGUGAUAUGCAAAAAGAAGGGGAACGGGUUAACAAAUUAGUGUCAGAGAUUUACUUAACCAGACUUUUGGCUACUAAAGGAACGCUUCAGAAAUUUGUAGAUGAUCUCUUUGAAACGAUAUUUAGCACCGCUCACCGUGGAUCGGCACUUCCAUUAGCUAUAAAGUACAUGUUUGAUUUUCUUGACGAUCAAGCUCAAUUGCACGGUAUUACUGAUCCAGAAGUUGUGCAUACUUGGAAAAGUAACAGCUUACCAUUGCGGUUUUGGGUGAACUUAAUUAAAAAUCCAAAUUUUGUCUUUGACAUCCAUAAGUCGAAUAUAGUGGAUUCCUGCCUGUCAGUAGUAGCUCAAACUUUUAUGGAUUCUUGUUCAACUUCUGAUCAUCGAUUGGGCAAAGACUCGCCAAGCUCGAAACUUCUGUAUGCAAAAGAUAUACCAGAGUAUCGAAAAUGGGUAGAUCGCUAUUAUAGAGACAUUCGGGAUAUGUCCCCCAUUUCAGAUCAGGACAUGAACGCCAUGCUUGCGGAAGAGUCAAGGCUGCACACAACAGAAUUUAAUACGAAUUGUGCUUUACAUGAGCUAUACACAUAUGCUGUGAAGUACAAUGAACAGCUAACUGUUACACUUGAAGAGGAUGAAUUUUCGCAAAAGCAGCGAUUGGCUUUUAAAUUAGAGCAAGUUCACAACAUAAUGUCGUCAGAAUAAGAGCUGCGCUAUCCUACCAAGAUGACAACAAUAUACAAAAAAUGCAACAAUUUGAAAAUCAUUUGUAUAUGUCGUAUUUGCUCAUUAAUUGCUUAUAGUAUGUUAUUGUAUGUAUGUAUUUAUUUUAAGUAAACUCAUGUAAGAUCUAAUAUGCAAGACAAGUAAUCUAACUAAAAAAUCGACUGACUUUUAUUUAAACUAAAAAUAAACUAAUUGGUUUAUAUAUAUAUCGUUUCUUACCCAUAUUGAAGAUAAAAACGAUUUCCGCGUUUUUUAUCUAAAGAUGAUAAUUCUAAGUCGCAUUCUUAACAAUACGAUAUAAAGCUAUCAAAUUUUGUACAUUUUAACGAUUUUAUUCCUCACAAAAUAUUCAUGUGAAAGCAAAAAAAAUUUAAAGCAUAUGGCCACAUUUAUUAAUAAUAAAUAAUUUAUUAAUUA